GUGCUCAGGGCUGUCCCCGUGUCAGCCCUGCGCCGUUCUCUCGCUCACAGCUUUAUGUGCCACCUCCGGCUCGGCCAAGCCGCCCCUUCCCGUCUUCCACGUCCCCCAUCGUGGAAUGGGGUCAGCUGUCCGGCCGCGGUGUGAACAUGGGGCGAAUUGGGCACGGGAUGCGUUUAACAACCGCGUGUGUCAAUGAGGCUCGGCUGCGGUGCCAUGGGAGGGGAACAGUCGCUGGCACUGCCCCCGGAGAAGGGACCUCACCGCGUGGGUUGCGCGGACGUCAUGGUGGGCCAUACGCAGCAGGACGCACCACGUUCCCCGUCCCCUCUGUCCAGCAGGGGCUCUUCUUCCGCCUCUUCUACCCCUGCGUACCCCGGGAUGGAGCCGAACGGCCGCUCUGGAUCCCUCGCUACGAGUACUGCAGCGGACUGGCUGAUGUCAGUGGCCACAGCCGGCGGUGGUGCGCUCCGCUGCUCAGCAUCGCCGUCGGCUCCUGCAGAGUGCCGCUGAGCUGGAAGGCACCUUUCAAAACCUGCAGCAGUGGGUACCCGUUGAUCAUCUUCUCACAUGGCUUGGGAGCCUUUCGCACUGUGUACUCAUCCAUCUGCAUGCAGAUGGCAUCCUGGGGCUUUGUGGUGGCUGCGCUGGAGCACAGGGACAGUUCUGCUGCCAUGACCUAUUUCUGCACGGCAGAGGCUGUCCGGGAGCAGUGGAUCCCCCACCAGCAGGUGCCACAGGGACAGAAGGAGUUUUAUUUUCGGAACAAUCAGGUUCAUCACAGAGCAAAUGAGUGUGCACGAGCACUUCAGCUCUUCCGGGCUGUCAACAGUGGUAAAUCCAUCCCCAACAUCCUUCCUCAGGGCUUCGACCUCUCUGUGUUGAAGGACAGCAUUGACUUGGCUAAAGCAGCCGUCAUGGGCCAUUCAUUUGGUGGGGUGACAGCUGUGCUGGCCUUGGUGAAGGAAUCUGGGUUCAGGUGUGCGGUGGCCCUGGAUGCAUGGAUGUUUCCCCUGGAGAACGUGCUGUACUCUGAGGUGCCCAAACCUGUGCUCUUCAUCAACGCCGAGAAGUUCCAGACCCCCGAAAGCGUGGCCAAAAUGAAAAGGCUGAGCUCCAGGAACAGGCAGACAAAGAUCAUAACCAUCCUGGGAUCUGUGCACCAGAGCCAGACUGAUUUUGCCUUCCUCACCGGGAAGCUCAUCCCCCGUGUCUUCAAUGCGAGGGGCACCCUCGACCCCCACAAGUGCCUGGACAUCAUCACCCAGGCGGCUCUGGCCUUCCUGCAGAGGCACCUUGAUGUGAGAGAGGAGUUUGCUCGAUGGGACCACCUCCUCGAAGGCAUUGGGGACUCUGUCAUUCCAGAAGCACCUUUCCGCCUCUCCAACCUGUAGCUUGCUGUUGGGAUCCAGCUGCUGAGAAUUCAGCUGCUCCUUGUCUAAAAUGUUUGGGGUCUGCCUCCAAAGGGGAGGAGGACACCUGGGAGAGUGAGGCCUGCAAACUGUGCUUGCAAGAUAUGGCCAUGAUGCCCGCCAUGCUUCCACGAAGCCUUCUCUGCCUGAGAGCCUGUGAUGGCUGCUGGAGACUGCAGAGCUCAGGGAAUAAAACCCCUGGGGUCACAGACUUGA